AUGGGGGAACUUAGCACCCGACCCAACAACGAAACAGAGAACGUCGAAGCCACGGUCUUGAAGGCUCUCCAUGAUGACCUUAAUCAGAAGUACAGCCAACUUUCUACCGAAUGUGACAACCUGCAUGUGGACAUCAACAAACUCAAAGCUGAGAAUGAACAACUAAAAGCAACACUCAGGGGUGGCGUCCGGUUAUGUGGCAAAAAGGGCCAAAAGAAACCACUAUACGAGGACGAACAUUCGGAGGGUGAAAAAACGAGCAACAUCAUGGCUGACAUGGAGGACGACCUCGAUGAAGGAGAUGGCGAAAUAAUUGACCCAGACAAGAAUAGCAAUCGAGAUAUCACAAGUCGGCGAAACAAUGUGAAAAUGGUGGGGUUACCGGAGAAGGUAGAGGGCCAGGAUGCAGCUGCGUUUUUGGAAAAGUGGCUACCGGAGGCUCUGGGCUUGGAACCACGAGAGGCCUUGGUAAUCGAACGGGCUCAGAGAAUUGGGGUUCAAGAUAAUGAGGACAUACGUGUGAUGAUGCAGGGCUCCAGCAUGGUAAAGGUGCGCUCUUCAAGAUGGCAGAAGAGCCGUAACCUGAAGUUAUUGGAGGAUGGGGUCACUGUGUGGUGCGAGUCCACCAAGAGCUCCCGCAAGGCCAAAGCCCAACAGACAUUCUCAGUGACAGAGGUGGAAUGUGUGCGGGAGGGCUGUCAGUCAGAAGCCCUCCGGACACUGUAUGGAUCAGUGCCAGAAAAUCAGUGCUUCACAGUGGUGUUUCGAGGACCCAGGAAGAGCCUGGACCUGCUGUGCCCCAGUGCAGAUGAAGCUCAGUGCUGGGUCCGUGGAAUCCGCACCUUGAAGGAAUGUGUGGCCAACAUGACCCAGAAGGAGAAGCUGGAUCAUUGGAUCCGUGGCUACCUCAGACGGGCUGAUCAGAACCAGGAUGGCAAGAUGAGCUACGAUGAGGUCAAACGACUACUGCAGAUGAUCAACAUUGACCUAAAUGAACAGUAUGCCCGCUCUUUAUUCAAGAAGUGCGACCGAUCGUGUGAUGGCCGUUUGGAUCACAUAGAGAUUGAGGAGUUCUGCCGAGAGCUGCUGCGGCGGCCAGAACUGGACGCAGUAUUCCGAUAUUAUUCUAGCAAUGGUUUUGUCCUAACCACUGCUGAACUCCGUGACUUCCUAGGAGACCAGGGGGAGGAUGCCUCCUUGUUUCAUGCUCAGAGCCUUAUAGUUUCCUAUGAGCUCAAUGAAUGGGCUCAGAAGAACCAAUUCAUGACACAGAAUGGUUUCACCAUGUACAUGCUGUCGCUGGAGAAUGAUGUUUUUAACCCCGACCAUGCCAGAGUCUACCAAGACAUGAACCUCCCCUUGGCCCACUACUUCAUUUCCUCCUCUCACAACACAUAUCUUACCAAGGACCAAGUCACCAGCACUAGCAGCACUGAGCCAUACAUCAGGGCUCUGAAUCAGGGCUGUCGCUGUGUUGAACUUGACUGCUGGGAUGGAGAUAAAGGGGAACCUGUAAUAUACCAUGGGCACACUCUCACCUCCAAGGUGCUGUUCAAAGAGGUUAUUGAAACCAUUGCCCAGUAUGCCUUCAAGACUUCUCCAUACCCCCUAAUUCUGUCCUUGGAGAACCACUGUUCUGUGGAGCAGCAGGCUGUCAUGGCCAAACACCUCUGUACCAUCCUGGGCAGUAAGCUUCUCACCAAGCCACUCAAUGACCAGCCACUGAAGGAACUCCCAUCUCCUGAGGAGCUGAGAGGAUAUAUUCUGGUGAAAGGAAAGAAGGAGACCCCUCACCUGGGCCAGCUGGUGAAGACCUGCAGCUAUGCCAGUUUCUCAUCUAGCUCUGAUGAUGAGUUAACAGGUGGUAAUAGAAACACGCCCAAGAAGGAUGCUGGAAAGGUUGUCUCUACUAAAUUGAGCCCAGAGCUUUCUGAGCAAGUGGUGUACUGCAGGAGUGUCCCCUUCCGUGGAUUUGAACGAGUGUCUGAAAAACCAGCGAAUGAGAUGUCCUCCUUCUCUGAGAAUGAUGCCCUAAGACACAUCAAAGACUCGGGAAAACUGUUUGUAAGACAUAACAGCAGGCAGCUGAGCCGGAUCUAUCCCUCUGGUCAGCGCCUCCAGUCAUCCAACUAUGACCCCCAGGAAAUGUGGAAUGUUGGCUGCCAGAUGGUGGCCAUGAACUUCCAGACACCAGGAGAGCAGAUGGAUUUGAACCAAGGUCGCUUUCUACCCAAUGGUUGCUGUGGAUAUGUCCUCAAGCCCAGCUUCCUGUGUAGCCCUAUCUCCAACUUCAACCCAGAGAACACAGGAGGCGGCCCUGGUCACGUCCCCACCCAGCUGACCAUACGAAUAAUAUCUGCACAGCAGCUGCCAAAAAUCAAAACAGACAAGGCGAGUUCCAUUGUCGACCCACAGGUUUGGGUGGAAAUUCAUGGAGUGGCUAUUGAUAAUUCAAGAGACAAAACCCACCGCAUUGACAACAAUGGUUUCAACCCACGCUGGGACUGCACCCUGAGCUUCCAGCUGCAAGUUCCUGAACUGGCCCUGGUGCGCUUUGUAGUCGAGGACCAUGAACACACUACUAAGAAUGACUUUGUGGGCCAAUUCACUCUUCCUUUCUCAAGCUUAUGCACAGGUUAUCGACAUGUUCACUUACUGAAGGCAGAUGGUUCCAGUCUGUCUCCUGCCACGCUCUUCAUCCAAGUGAAGGUGUCCCGCAAGGGAGUGCCCAUCAAAACUGUUUCAGAGCGCAUGGGCUUGGCCAAGGGCAAGGACUGA